AGUCAUGCAGCACAGUCAUCACAGGCCUGAAACCAGGAACUGAGUACACUAUUAAAGUCUACACUGAGCUCAGAUAUGGAGGACAGAGCCAGUCUGCUACUGUUCAGAUGAUUGCAGAACUCCUUCCUGAGCUGCUGUCAACCUUGGGCCUGGGGGAUCUUCAUGGAGGGAAACUCACACUCAGCUCAGUCCUGGAGAUCAACAGUAACACAGUGUCUGACAAACCAGCACAAAGUCUGGAGCAGCUACCAUGGACCUUCUUAAGGAAACUGAUGAUGUCCAAUUUAUAUGCAAGAAAUAUCAAAUGUGAACAUGACCAGCCAAUGUAUAAUUGUAGUUUUACUGAUGCUAAAGAUGAUUCUGAUGCCAUAAAUCCUCUAGACCUGAUAACUGCUCUUUUCCACUGCUCAGAUCCUUUCCUCCAGCAGGAAAUGGUCUCCAAAAUGUCCAUGUGCCAGUUUGCUGUUCCUUUGCUGCUGCCAAACUGUGACACACAGCAGAGCACUCUGAUGCUGUGGGCCAUGAGAGACCUGGUUAAAAAGUUCAGACCUCACUCUCCAGCAGGUGACAGGACAUUUGUAGAGGGCAGGAUUGUAGAAAUGGACAUCCCCAUGGUGUCUUUUGUUAGACUAGGAGAGAGCAGUCUGCCCAAAUCUCAAACUCUGAACAAGUUGCUCAGUACUCCUCAUCAGCACAACGACACAUUUGUUCACUGUGACAUGGAGGGUGGUGAUGUGCCCAGGAGAAUAUCAGAUGGUCUGGUUGAAGUCAGCUGGUAUCUACCCUGUGGGAACACAAACAUUGACUUGUUCACACAGCCAGUUGCCAUAGCCAAUCUGAGAGGAGAUGGCAGGUUGUCUAAGACCCAGAUGUCCUUCCUGUGUGAGACCUCAGCUGCAGUUUUCAUCUUCAGUGAUGACCUAGAGGGAGACCUCAGCACUCUGAACAACAGAGAGAGCAGAGCUGAGCUGUUCCUGGUCACCAACUCUCAGAGUAAGACCUUCAACAUGGAGACACUCAGGGAUAUAUGCAUGAAGCAUAAGGUGAAGGAGACCAAUGUGAUCAUCAAGAAAAAGAAGAAAGAUGCCGAGUUUGUAAAGGCUUUGCGUUUCCAUGUGAGUGGUGCCAUUGGAAAUAGUCCAAUUAAAAUGAAAGUGGAAGACAUGGCUGCUGUUGCUCGUCAUGGUAUUGUGGUUGAUGAGGACUGCACUGAGUGUACAAAUGGCAGAGCAAAUGCUGAAGGCAUCACUGGACGCAUUCAGGAUGUUGUGGAAUUCAAGGAAGACCAGUUGCCCUUACAUGGUGAAAUCUGGAAGCAAAUCAGUCAAACACAAAAAGAGAGAUUCAGAAUGUGUAAUGCAGAUAAAGACAAAGAGGGUUACAAGAGUUCACUUAAGACUAAAAAAGAAACACUCAGAAAGGAACAGCAAGAGACAGCUGGUUACAAGAGUUCACUCAGGACUAAAGAAACAAAACUCAGAGAGAAACAGCAGCGGACGGAUGUCUCAGAAGCCAUGGGGAAAUUCACUGCUGGAAUCUCAGAGUUAGGAACACAGCGUCUCUACUUCCUGAAGUGGCUGAAGAUUCAGCUGGACACCCUCUCUAGACAUAACCUGUUUCAACUGAGAGAGAAAUACAAAGACUGCUGUAGAAACACAUCACAGAAUAAGGAGGUGAUUGCGGACUUAGAUGAGCAAAUCUCAAAAUGCUCGUUGGGUCCUGAGCACUUCAUCCGGGAGCUGGGCCAGAUUUAUGAGUGUGCUUGCUCCCUUCCAGAAAACAACCCAGCCCGACAACAAGUCCAGAACCUACCUGCUCUGUGUGCUCAGAUGCUGCUGGAUGGGUUUCCAGUUGAGCUGGUCGAUGGAGACGCAUCAAACAUCCCAAUGAAGUGGAUAAAAGAGGUCCUGACUCAGCUACAUCAGCUGGUGGACACCAAGAGUAAGAUCCAGGUGUUGACUGUGCUAGGAGUGCAAGGCACUGGGAAGUCCACCCUUCUCAACACCAUGUUUGGAGUGCAGUUUGCAGUCAGCAGUGGAAGAUGCACCAGAGGAGCCUUCAUGCUGCUGAUUAAAGUCUCUGAGGAACUCAGAUCUGAGCUCAAGUGUGACUUCAUCAUGGUCAUUGACACAGAGGGCUUCAAAUCACCUAAGCUGGCAGCAUUGGACACAAGCUACGAAAAUUACAACAAAUUAGCAACACUGGUCAUAGGGCUCAGUGACAUCACCAUCAUCAAUAUUGCCAUGGAGAACAACACAGAGAUGAAGGACAUUCUGCAGAUUGUGGUCCACGCCUUUCUCAGAAUGAAGGAGGUUGGGAAGAAGCCCAGAUGUCUGUUUGUGCAUCAGAACGUGUCAGACAUGUCUGCUCAUUACAGCAACAUGAGAGAUAGGAAGAAGCUGGUGGAACAGCUGGAUGAGAUGACCCGAGCAGCAGCUAAAAUGGAGAAAAGAGAAGCCAACACAAAGUUCACUGAUGUGAUGGACUACGAUCCCGACAAAGACAGCCACUACAUCCCUGGACUUUGGCAUGGAACUCCCCCGAUGGCCCCAGUGAAUGCUGGCUACAGUGAAGCGGUCUAUGAACUCAAGAAGACUUUGAUUGGCUCCUUACAAACAUCUGAUGAUGUCAUGACUAAUGAUGCAAUCACAGAGAAAAUGAAGAUGGGAGAUGGGGGAGUGACCUACAGCACAUGGACUCAUUUCCUUCAUGACCUUUUAAAGCAGCUGCUCCAUGAGGACUCAUUUCAGAAGAACAAGGAGUACACAAGAUCAUAUGGAAACUUUUGA